AGCGACCAAGUCUGUUUCAAAUGUGGAGAGUCGGGGCACUGGAGUAGUGCAUGUACAAAUCCAUCAGGUCAACAAAGGUCGAACGUACAGAAUUCAAAUUACACUUGCUUCAGCUGCAAUCAGCCUGGUCAUCUUUCAACAAGCUGUCCACAAAGAAACAGCGGUAGUGCUCAGGAAUCACGCGGGGCGAACGGAGGCGGUGAAUGUUAUCAAUGUGGUCAAACCGGUUCGUAU